AUGUCUAUUAUUGUUCAAUAUUUUAAUACAAAAGAUUUUAUUGAUAGACAAACAUUUGAACAUAUUUUACGAAGUUCAAAACUUUUAAUGAAUAAUACUUCUCUUAAAUCUCUAUGGAAUUUAUGUCAACCAUCUGAUGAAGGUGUCUCUUAUAGAAUAUUUCUUCAACAUUUUGCACCAUUUAAAUUAGAAAAUAAACAGUGUAGAAUAUUAAAUUAUAGAACACGUAUUUAUGAUAUAGUAAAAUAUUAUUGGCAGAAUAUAAAAAAUGAUUUUUCUUGUCUUGAUCGAUAUGGACGAUUUUUUAUUACUAUUGAUCAAGCUAUAAAUUUAAUGAAAAAAUAUUCUUUUCCAUUAAAUGAUCAACAACAAUAUGAACUUGCUUUAUUGUUUUCACCAAAAAAUAAUGGACGAUUUAAUUAUUUCGAUUUUAUGCAAUGUUUUACUAAUCAAUCAUUAUCGAAUCAAUAUAUUUUUUCUCGUUUCACAUAUAUUGUACAAUCAAAACAAUCUUGGACAGUUUUACCGAUUACAAUUGAUGGUAUUUUUAAUCGGAUUCGUUCUCAAUGUAUAUCAAAAUAUGAAAGUAUUUAUAAAAUGUUUAGAAUAUUCGAUAAAAAUCAUCAGAAAUAUUUAACAAAAAUUCAAUUAAAUCAAUUACUUAAAGAAUUUAAUAUUCAUCUUAAUGAAGAAGAACUCUAUCAUAUUCUAUCUGAAAUUGAUAAAAAUCAAGAUGGUCUUAUAUCGUAUAAUGAACUCUAUGAUUCAUUAAUGACUAAUGCUUUACAAAUUUGA